AUGCCAGUAACAACACCCCGGCCCUCUAAACGAAAACACGCCGACGGCGAACCCAGCACAGGCAAGAAAACAAAAGAAGAACGAAGGGCCGAAAAGAGGGCCAAACGAGAUGCCGAAUCUACUCCCACCCAAUCACCCAAUCUCAAGUCCAAGUCCAAGUCCAAAUCUCAAUCCGAACAACCCGUCGCAGUCCCCACCACACCCGAAACCGAAUUCAAACUCGUCCGUGCGCGCACCAGUAUCAGUUUACCCCCGAGAUUUGCGGGAGAUCCGAGGCGGGGUGUCGAGGAGAUCUUAGAUAAUUUGGUUAUGCGAUAUGUGCCGUCGCUUCGUGGUGUGCUCUUGUCCCAUAAGAACCACAAGUUUGCAUCAGAUGUGGCGAUUAUGUAUGCUGAAGGUCCUUAUCCGACGACUCGAGUCGAGUUCGAUGCGGGUGUGUGGGCGCCAGAGGUAGGAAUGCGAAUCACUGGUCGUAUAUCGCUGCAUGCGACGGACCAUAUUGGUUUAUUGGUUCACCGAACGUUUAAUGCUUCGAUUGAUAGAGCACAUAUACCCGGGGACGGGGAAUGGGAAUAUGUACAUGGCCCGGUAGCAAAUGAUCCUGAAAUAAAUAACGAAGAACGACAGGGAGACGAAGAGAGCGGUCGAUGGGUAAAUUCACAAACUGGUGAAACGCUUGGUGGCGAAUCUGGCUUGGUCGAAUUUACGGUUAUUGGCUACACAAUAGCCAACCAAAUGCUUUCCCUACACGGCUCCCUUCAGCCCGACCCCUUUGAUCCAGAAUACUACACAAACCGUCAAACGACCGCUCGGCUACCUGAAUCAACUCAAACCGAAGGGGAUCGAAUAGAAGAGGGGAGCGAUGAUGAGGUUGAAGUGGAGGAAGAAGAGCUCGCGGCACCGCGGGGAACAAAGCGACGAGUGGUCAACGUCCUGCCCGCUGCUCCCGAACCAACAGAAACCGAAUCCGCUCCAGUCAAGAAAAAGCAGAAGAAGGGUGCGGUAAAAGGAGAGGCCAGUGUCGCCGUACUCGAGGCAGCAGCCAAUACAGCAGAGCAAGAAGACAAAAAGAAAAGAAAAAAGAAAAAGGCAGUGCCAGAGAAUGGUGUAGACGCAUAG